AUGCGUGAGAUCAUCUCUCUCCACAUCGGCCAAGCCGGCGUGCAAGUAGCCAACUCCUGCUGGGAGCUCUUCUGUCUCGAACACGGCAUUGCCCCGAGCGGCAACUUGACGCCUGAGAAGGAAGCCGACCCCGGCACGGACUCCUACUCCACUUUCUUCUCCGAAACGUCCGCCGGCAAGCGCAUUCCGCGUGCCAUCUUUCUCGACCUCGAGCCCACCGUCAUUGACGAAGUGCGCUCUGGCACCUACAAAGACCUCUACCAUCCGGAGCAACUCAUCAGCGGCAAGGAGGACGCCGCCAACAACUACGCCCGCGGCCACUACACCGUCGGUAAGGAGAUAGUGGACGAAGCUCUGGACCGCAUCCGCAAACUCGCAGACAAUUGCACCGGCCUGCAGGGCUUCCUCGUCUUCUCGUCCGUGGGAGGGGGAACAGGCUCCGGCCUUGGAUCCCUUCUUCUCGAACGCCUCUCCGUCGACUAUGGAAAGAAGUCUAAGCUUGGCUUCACGGUCUAUCCAUCCCCGCUAGUCUCCACUUCGGUUGUGGAGCCAUACAAUUCGGUUUUGGCAACUCACUCCCUUCUGGAGCACCUUGACGUCGGUGUUGUCCUCGACAACGAGGCCAUCUACGAUAUCUGCCGCCGGUCGUUGGGCAUUAAGCGCCCGUCAUACUCGAACCUCAACAGGCUCAUUGCGCAAGUAGUUUCCUCGCUCACUGCUUCUCUGAGGUUCGACGGAACGCUCAACGUUGACAUCAAUGAGUUCCAGACUAAUCUAGUGCCCUACCCGCGCAUCCAUUUCAUGCUUUCAGCGUACGCUCCAAUUGUGUCUGCGGAACAAGCAUACCACGAGGAGUCAAGCGUAGCCGAAAUCACAAACUCGGUGUUCGAGCCGAAUGCGUCGUUUGCCAAGUGCGACCCUCGCUCCGGACGUUACAUUGCGGUAUCGCUGACGUACCGGGGUGCGGAUAUCUUCCCGAAGGAUGUGAACGCGGCAGUGGCCGCGGUGAAGACGAGGAAGUCUGUGCAGUUCGUUGAGUGGUCUCCAACUGGGGUAAAACUAGGGAUCAACUCGAGGCCGCCGACGAAGGUGCCGGAUGAUCCCCUGGCUAAGACGCAUAGAGCUGUAUGCUCAAUCGCCAACUCGACUGCUAUUGCUGAGGUGUUUGCAAGAGUGAACGCCAAGUUCGAUCUCAUGUACAUGAAGAGGGCUUUCGUGCAUUGGUAUGUGGGCGAGGGUAUGGAAGAGGGAGAAUUCGCAGAGGCCAGGGAGAACCUUGCGAUGCUGGAGCAUGACUAUGCGGAAGUCUCCAAAGACGACGAGGAGGAAGCGGACGAGUAUUAGAGGAGCUCGUGACGUGGCUGUGAAUGGGGUGUUUCGUUUUGUAAUCUGCUUUUCCUUGCUUUAGAAAUUACAGACGGUGCGAAGGAGUGUUUGUGAUCACUGUAAAAAGAGCGUGAGCGCACCGUCCAUUACGA